CGCGUAACAGACGGGCUUCGCGGCAUGUACUGAUUGAAAGGCCUGAUAACCUAGGUUAGUGACCAAGCCGCGUUACACGGUCGCUCUCAUGCAUACCCGCGAGUGCCAGAUAUGCGUUCAGGCCAUGGGGGUUAGGUGAAUGACAGGAGCAUGCGUGUCCAGUAGAGAUUGGGUUGCUUGCUUGCUGUGACGAAGCCGCCCACGCUCGGCGACAUGGGCUUCGCAUGUCGUCGUGCGUCUUCGUGACUCGUCGUUAGCGACUCACGAUUCGUGAAUCGUGACAGACAGACGGGUACGCGACGCGAUACACCGCUCGAAGCCGGCCCACUGUCCAGUCACCUCGCAGCCGCGCCACGACUGAUCGGAAAAUUCCAGCCAAUCAAAGUUCCUGGAGACGCGGCCAGUAACUCUGCGUAGCGCGCCGAUUUCCCCGUCGUUGCGACCCCAGUGGCGAACCCUAGCGAGCCCCACGGACCCCUAGCGUCUGCGCACGUGUACAGUCCGCAUUUCCGAACCCUUCCAAACAGCCCCACCACCCCUCUGAUUGCGCAUAUAUAUGCGGUACAGUAGCAAGCCGUCCGACAGCCAGUUUUGACGUCUGUUUAACCCGUCUGCCUAACCGUCUGACUUACCGGCUGACUUACCGGCUGACCGACAGCUGCGCGCUCGGCGCUCACUUGUUCGCUAAGUUAUUCCGGUCACGUAAAGCCGCGGACCAGGCAGCGAGAGUGCAUGCGCUCGGCUUCCGCAGAAAUAUCCUCCGCAGCCCGCGUACGUGACGUGGCGUCACUCGGCCUGUGCACCGGCCAACCGCGACGGCCAUCAUUCGUGGCGUGGAGUCACUAGGCCUGUCUACACCGCAUGAUCGUCGUCGCGGCCUAGCAGGCCGCCGGCUCCGCAGCGGUACUGCACCUUACCUACGAUAGGUAGAGCCGCGUCACGUCACUGGGCCUGGCGCCGCGAUAGAGAGUCUCCUCAUCAAGGCUUCUAACGAAUCGGCGCGCAGGGGACUACCCCCCUCGAUUUGGAAUGCCGCCGCCGGCGCCUGUGGAGAGCUCCGCUGGUCCCUGGGUGGAGAUGAGUGCGCUAGGUGCCGAGGGGAGAAGGGACCAUCGCAAUGCAGAGAGCAGAGAGGAGGAGCAAGAGGCGGAUGUGGAUCAAGUGAAGGAGGAGGAGGAGCAGUGGCGCAGAGGCAUUCAGGAGCAGCAGCAGGAGAUUGAGGCACACACAGCCAUUACCAGCGGCGCUCACAGUGAUGCGGAUUAUGGAAGAAGCACGUAUGGCCGUCAACAUCGUGGUGGGGAUGGUGACGAGGAGGAGGAGGAGGAUGGAGAUGGAGAGGAGGUGUUGACAGUCGAUGAUGCUAUUGACUCUAUCGGUUUCGGCCCUUAUCAAUUCUUCCUUGUGUGCUACACCGGCCUUGCCUGGCUUGCUGACGCGAUGGAGAUGAUCCUGCUCUCCUUUGUAGGCCCAGCAGCACGUUGUGAGUUUCGCCUUUCAGCAGCAGAGGAGAGUCUUAUAGCGAGUGUGGUGUUCCUUGGGGUCUUCCUGGGCUCCUAUGUGUGGGGGCUAGUGGCGGAUAGCUAUGGCAGGCGAAGAGGCUUCAUGGCGACGGCUCUCUUUACCCUCUUUGCUGGCUUGCUCAGUGCAUGGUCCCCGACCUUCCUCACUCUGCUUGUCUCCCGCUGCCUCGUUGGCUUUGGCAUCGGGGGAGCAUCAGUGGUCUUUUCCCUCUGCUCUGAGUUCCUCCCCUCCCCUUCACGUGGAUUCUGGCUCGUAUUUAUCGAGUUCUUCUGGACUGUUGGCUCGCUUUUAGAAGCAGCUCUAGCUUGGGCAGUGAUGCCGAGUCUACACUGGAGGACCCUAGUGCUCCUGUCUGCUACGCCCUUCGCUCUCCUGCUGCUGCUCUACCCCUUGCUUCCUGAAUCCCCCCGUUUCCUCCUGCUCAAAGGCGACACGUCAGCAGCACACGUCAUCCUUGAAAGAGCAGCCCGAACCAAUGGCAAGCGCCUGCCGCCCGGGCGGCUGGUCUCGGCAGCAUCUGGGCCCAGACUACUGCCCUCGCCACAUUCCUCCCCUUCUCCUGCCCAUGCCGCUUCUUCCUCUACUUACCCCGCAUAUUCCUCCUCCUCAUCCUUACCUUCCCCCCCCUGUUCCCCCCCACCUAUCUCUUCUCACGCUGUCAUUUUUUACUCGAGUAACGAGGGAAGCCCCUCUAUGCCCUCUCACCCCUCUUGCACUGCUACAUCCCAAAGCAGCACGCCCCUAAACACAGAGCCGGCUUUUGAGUCGACUCAAAAGUCUACUCGUUACAAGGGGAGCCCGUCUAUGCCCUCUCACCCCCCUUGCUCUGCUACAUCCCAAAGCACUAUGCACCAAAGCACGACGCCACCACCAGACCAACAGAAUGGUCGUCACCAUUCCCAUCCCCACCACUUCCACCCCAACCCUCGCUCUCACCAUCACCAUCCCCAUCCUCCUCCCCCACCCUCCUCCCCCUCCUCCUCUCUCCACAAGCUCGCCAGCCUCCUCUCCCCCUCUCUCCUGCGCUCCACACUCGUCCUCUGGCUCCUGUUUUUCGCCUCUGCCUUUUCCUACUACGGCCUUGUGCUGCUCACCACUCAGCUCACCACCACCCAGCCGACCACUCGACUCACUCCUCCUGAUAAUGGUUCGGGUGGUUCCGCAGCGGCAGUCAACACAUCCUCUCUCCAUUGCCCGGCGUCCGUGCACUCAAGAGGCUUGCUCGCAGCACCGUCGUCCAUACUGCCUCCCUUUCCCCUCCCCGUUCCUGUCUCAAACCCCUUUUCCGUUCCCACUCUUCAUUCGUAUCACCACCGGCGCACCCUCCUUCCCUCCUCACGCCGCUCCUUGGUUAUUUCCCACCUCCAAGAUGACUCCACUACUAAUUCUUCCUCCUCUGCAUCCCAUUCCUCCUCUUUCUCCUCUUCACACUCCUCUGUUUCCUCUUCCUCCUCCCUAUCUAUAUCUCCCCUACCUGGUUGUGCACCUGACAACCAGCCUGAAAUCUCCUCCCAAACCUAUUCAGAUGUUUUUAUCACAUCAGCAGCAGAGCUGCCCGGUCUUCUCCUCGCUCUGGGGGGGGUCGAGAUUUUUGGCCGUAAGACUGUGCUCUGGGUGCUCCUCUGCUUAGCAGGAUUUCUUCUGCUGCCGCUGAUUCAUCCCCUGUCACCUGUCGCCACGACAAUUUUUCUUUUCGCUGCCCGGGCGGCAAUCAUGGGGUCGUUCGCAGUUCUCUGGGCAUACACCCCAGAGAUUUACCCGACCGAGAUCAGAUCUACUGGGCUCGGGGUUGCGAACUCGUGGGCGAGAUUGGGCGGCUUUGUUUGUCCAUUUGUGGCGGUCGGGCUGAUCGAAGGAUGCCGUAGGGAGUUAGCCAUCCUCCUUUUUGUCUUCAUCCCGGUCUUUGCCGCCCUCAUUACUGCAUGCUUCGCUACAGAGACAAAGGAUACUGCUCUUGGGGGAAACUUAUCCAGCUAUGGGUGUUCUGACAAACCACGCAUCACAAUGUGGCAAGAUGAUGGCACUUCAUGUCUAACUACUGGUGGGAACACUGGCCAUGCUGCUAGUAGUUGCUUUCAUAUAUUUGCGGAUAGUGAUAGCUCUUGCAGCGACUCUGAUUAAUUGCAUGAUGCAUUGACAUAGCAAAAGGGUGGGGAAAAAAAGAGUCAACAUGCUCCUGUCAAAUUCAUGCCUGGUUUUCAUAGUACAAUGACUAGUUGAUGGGAGGUACCAACGCAGUGCUGGUUGUCCGUCCAAGUGC